CUUUCAGUUUGUCCAGAGAAACAGUUUCAGUGAAUUAUGAAGAAAUCUUUUGUCAGGAUUUGGUGUUUGUAAAUAUAGGAAGAUGGAGCUGUUUGCUGUGGUUGUCUUCCUCCUCUACGCCUCUCAGGAUUCUUUGACUGUGACAGUGGAGGUUUAUACGGGGGCCCAAUCUGUGGUGCUGCCCUGCCAGUACAGCAAAGAAUUAGUAGAACUUGUCACAGUGAAAUGGAGCCGCUUUGAUCUCAGUCCCAAUAUUGUCCAUCUACGACGAGAAGAAGACGACAAACUUGCACAAAAUCAGCUUUUCAGAGGAAGAACAUCAAUGAGACCUGAUACUCUAGACUCUGGUGACUUCAACCUCACUCUGAAAGAACCACAACUUUCUGACAGCGGAAUCUACAUCUGCAGCCUUCGUCAAGAAAAAGAGGAAAUAAUGCUGUCGGACGUUCAGCUGAAUGUCAGAGAAAUAUUUCCAACUUGGGCCAUAGUUCUGCUGGUUCUGCUGGUCCUUCUUGCUGUUUCUGGAGGCCUUUUAUUUCAUUUCAGACUUUAUUUCAUGUCAGUCUACAAGGUGGAGGUGGAUCCAGGAGUGGAGUCUGUUCUGCUGCCCUUUAAAACUACAGUCCGUCUACCUGAAGGAGUCAGAGUAACGUGGAGAAACAGCUCUGGUAGGAUGGUCCACAGUAAUGACAGGGAUCAACACAGGCUGUAUAGAAACAGAACAAAGAUGAAGGAAAAACUAAAAUCUGGAGACUUCAGUUUGACCCUGAAGAACCCCACAGACAGAGACACAGACAUCUACACCUGCACCGUCUACAAGAGGAGCUCAGAUGAAAUCCUGACUGAGAAACAAGUGCUGCUCAAUGUCAAAGCUGGAGCUGACUCUUUUAUCAUAGCCAUAGACUUUGGUUCAGGAUACAGUGGCUACGCCUUCAAUGUCAGACCCAGAGAGGAAGGAGGUGGGACCCAGUUAAAGAGAUGGGGUGAAGAACUGGGACUGGACUCCCCAAAGACUCCAACCUGCAUCCUGUGGGUUGAACAAAAAUUCCUGGCACAGUAG